AAGUGGUAAGACAGAAAAAAAAAAAAAAAAAAACCUGAACACUGUUCCCUCUUCGCACCUUCUUAAUUAUUAAUCCUCUCUCUCUCUCAAUCUCAAAAGCUAUUUCUCCGUCUUGAAAUCCGUUCUCUCUCUCUCUUUCUCGGUCUCCCGUUUGACCCGGUCUAUCCCUCUCUCUCUCUCUCUCUCUCUCUCUCUUAUUUAUCUAUCGAUUCCAUCCCUUUUGAAGCAAAUCUACUUUUUUCCCAUUUAUUGUAAUCUCUUCUUUAGGGUUUCGAUUCAAUUCUUUUUAUUUUUAAUUAAGAAAAACAAUGACUACUAGUUCUUUGAAGAACAACAAGUUGCCUCCUGGCUUGGUUAACAAUCUCCAAGAAGUGCUUCUUAGCAGAAAAGGAGGAACCAACAACGAUGAACAAGAAAAGGAUGAUUCUGUUGGUGGUGAUUCUACUCAGCCAUCUACUUCUACUUGUAAUGAAAACGCUGCUGAUGACAACGACAACUCCAAGCCUGUCGUUUUGGUUACCAAUGGGGAAGGGAUUGACUCCCUUGGCCUUGUUUAUCUCGUUCAAGCUUUGGUCCGCUUAGGCCUCUACAAUGUCCAUGUGUGCGCUCCUCAAUCGGACAAAUCUGUUUCGGGUCAUUCCAUGACUGUCCGAGAAACAAUUACUGUUACUCCAGCAGAAAUUGAUGGUGCCACAGCUUAUGAAGUGUCAGGGACUCCUUUGGAUUGUGUCUCCUUAGCAUUGUCUGGGGCGCUGUUUUCAUGGUCAAAGCCUCUGCUGGUAAUUAGUGGAAUUAAUCGGGGAGCAAGCUGUGGUCUUCACAUGUUUUACUCAGGUGUUGUGGCUGGAGCCAGAGAAGCUUUAAUUUGUGGUGUACCAUCUUUGUCAAUAUCGCUGAACUGGAAGAAUGAAGAAAGCCAAGAAAGUGAUUUUCAGGAUGCAGUUGCUGCUUGUUUACCUUUAAUCAAUGCAGCCAUCAGAGAUAUUGAAAAGGGUGUUUUCCCUAAAAGUUGCUUUCUAAGUAUAGAAAUUCCUACUUCUCCUUCAGCAAACAAGGGUUUUAAAUUGACCAAGCAAAGUAUGUGGAGAUCUGCUCCAAGUUGGCUAGCUGUUUCAGCUAAUCGGCAUCCUUCUGCUGCACAUUUCAUGUCUAAUCAACAAAGCCUUGGACUCCAACUUGCACAGCUUAGCCGAGAUGCAUCUGCUGCUGGUGCCGCUCGCCGCGGGACCACACAAAAGAAGAAUGUGGAGAUAGAGUCUGUUGGGGCUGCUAAAUCCGAUACAAAUAAAGUGAAAAAGUACUUUCGAAUGGAGUUUGUAGAUAAAGAACAGGAAGAUACAGAUGAGGAUUUGGAUUUUAGGGCACUUGACAACGGAUUUAUUGCAGUAACUCCUCUAUCACUUUCUCCACAAAUCGAGUCAGGCAUUCAAACGGCUGCUUCAGAUUGGAUCUCUGGUGCACUCGAGCAGUAGAAUCUUGGGACCAACAAUGAAAUCUUAUUUGUAUAAAACUGCAGGAACCAUUACGUUUAGUCAUCAAUUGAUUUGUGCUUUUCUUGUUCCCAUUUCAUUUUUUUUUCUUUCAAAAGGGUCUUCCAAAAUUAUCAUCAAGCUGGGGUGUCUUCGUUUGUUCUAGUUGUUGAUACAAGGAAAUAGCAUCAUUGGUCUAAAUUAUGUGACCCUUGUGCUUUCCAGAUUGUUUUUUUUUUUUUUUUUUUCCCUGACCACCAUUUUUCCUUUUCCUUUUUAUUUAUUUUGGAUUUGUAUGUAAUGUAAUCUCGAAUUUGUUUUUUUAUUCUUAGACUCGAAGAAUGAAAUUCAAAUCUCUCUUUUGCAAAUAUUUAUCCUACAAUAGUGAUGUGAUGGGCUGGUCUAAUCAAAAGCCCAAUCGGCUGGUUGGGCCUAGUGAACAACAUUAUUGGGCCUUAACAGGUUGAUACGUUAACAAACUUGUCUUUU